AGAAGAGAGAGAGAGAGAGCGAGAGAGCCGGAGCACCGCGUCUCUCUCUCCCUAGCAGGCUUCUGUCCAGCCUGUGUGGUCCGUCGGGGCUGGGGUGUGCUCUCCUCCGCUGUUGCUAAGGAGAUGGACGUCGCGAACGGAGCUGAGGUCCGGGCUGAGCUGUCCACAUCGCCUCCUCCUAGUCGUUCAGCGCGCAACUCGUGUAUGUGUGUUUACCGGAAUCAUCGCCAACAACGUGACGCGCCAGUGGCAGCUCUGCAGCAGCAGCCAGGACCAGCGGAGCUGCAGCCCAGGAGCUGAAGAAGCAAAGGUUUGACCGGCAGCCGCUUGACGAAUGCUACCUGGCCGAGACGUCGGCUUAGGCUCGACAACGGAGCAUGGCGUCCACAGGCAUGCAGAUAUUUGGAUUUGUGCUGGCGCUUUUGGGCAUCAUGGGUGCCAUGGUGGCCACAUUGCUGCCCAACUGGAAGGUGAGCGCCGACGUGGGCUCCAACAUCAUCACGGCCAUCUCCCAGAUGCAGGGACUGUGGAUGGACUGCACAUGGUACAGCACGGGAAUGUUCAGCUGCACGCUCAAGUAUUCCGUGCUUUCGCUUCCGGCGUACUUGCAGACUGCGCGCACCACCAUGGUGCUGUGCUGCGUACUGGCGGCCAUGGGGCUCUGCCUGGCUUCCCUGGGACUCAAGUGUACGCGGUGGGGAGGGGGGCGGCGUUCCAAGCGGCACGCGGCCAUCGCCAGCGGCGGCUGCUUUGUCGCCGCCGGCUUUCUGUGCCUGGUGCCUGCUUCCUGGUUUACCAAUGAGGUCAUCACUAACUUCCUGGACUCCACCGUGCCCGAGAGCAAUAAGUUUGAGCCCGGGGGCGCCGUGUACGUGGCCUUCGUUUCCGCCGGGUUCCUCCUAAUGGGGGGCUCCAUCUUCUGCGUGUCCUGCUCGGGGAAAAGGCACGGACCCCAGGACUUGGUCCUGCUCCCCCCGCCUGACAAAUUGCUACUGCAGCAGCAGCAGCAACAGCUGCUCCAACAACAGGAGCUCCAGCAUCAGUAUUGCUCUCUCUCCCCGCUGGACAAUAAGACUGGCUACAGCCUGCAGGACUAUGUGUAGGUAAGCUUACAGGCCGAGGGGGAGGAGUGGACGAGUGCGCCACACAGGUGGGAAAAUAUGAGCUGCUCUUGUGUCUUGCUCCUGUCUUUCUUCUGUUUUGCAAGCACAAGCAGUGGUUUUAAUCUCCCAGCAGCACCUUGGAACAAACACACCGAAGGCGUCAGGAAGCACGGAUGAGGUGCCGCACAAUCCGAGGGGGGGCCGCGAACCAAAUGCAAGCUCAUCGGUAAAUGACUGGGAGCGUUCCCUGGGGAGCGGAUUAAGCAAAUAGGAAGGAUGCCGACGCCCUCCCCGCCAAAGGUUUGAAUCAAAAGAAAAAAAAAAAAAGCAAUCACUUAGCUGCUAUUUACAAUCUUUUGGAGCGCUUUCAAUUGAAAACAAAUACAGUAGCUGGACGUCCUUUCAUAGAUAGGCCAUAUUUUUGUUUGCUGUUCCAGUAACUUUGAUGUCUUGCCGCUAAGCAUGCCCUGUGGAGCCUGUCCUGUGUUUUAAGACAGCGGGAUGGAUGGGUAGAAGUCCGUGAUAUAGCCACACAAUAUGCCUGUGCCUGAAAAAGCUGUCGAGACAUUAGAGGAGGAGGAGACGUGGGCUGCUGGGCAGGUUUUGAGUAAAUGCAGACAAACAGAUGCUUGCUCUCCUCCUCUCGGCAGGUGGAAAUGUGAGAGAGACGGAGAGGGGCGAAAGGCAAAAAAAAGGAUGGAAUCUUUGAGCAAACCAUGUGGGAGUGAGCUGUUAUCAUAUACCCAUCCUGAAAGCACCCCGUCGCUAAGCUGCCAAUUCCGGCCAAAGUAACCAUUUCUGGCACACCGGCGCCCCAUUAGACAUGCACUACUCCCCCACAUACUUGCGUGUCCUCACAGACACAGCCAACACACACACUCAUGCUGCUUUUUGCAUGUUUUCAUCCUGCUAUCCUCCUUCACGCUACCAUGGAAACCAAAUUAUUGUCUGAGGGGCCGGUGCUUGUCAGCCAAGUGAUUUGUUUGUGGUAGGACAUCUCUUUUUUUUUUUUCUUCGCUUCUUCCCAUUGUUCCAUAAGCUUCAAUCAGAGCCUCUGUGUACACGACUUAGUCUAAUCCCCUUUAUUAGCCAGCGAGAAGAGGCAGCGUCCAUGUUGAAUUGUGUUUUUUCGAGAUGCAUUUCGUGGCUGGAGUGGUAUCGAGGCAAAUGUGAAACCUCUCGAGUCACGGUCCAACGGCUCGCUAUGAGGCUGGCAGGCAGUAACAAAAGGUUGGAGUCAUUCUCCAUAUGUGACUUGUUUUCCAAACGUGUCAGCAUGGAGGCUGCACCUGCAGAAGGUCUCUGUGUCUUAAACAGAAACCACUUGACUGCUAUCGCCACACAGACAUGCAAACACGGAUCCUCUGUCCCGCUUUCGUCACACGUCACAUGGAUGCGAUAGUUGACGGCGGAACUCUUGAUGCAUGUUGAAAGCAUGAGCCAACACACACACAUACGCUUCACCUAUUCAAAUGUCAGGGGCACUCUUGCGCUUUCACACUUUGCUGUCCCAGUGUGCGUGUGUUUUUUUUCUCGAGGAGGAAUGGGGAAAUGUUGGAAAUUAUAACGGAGGCAGGUUUUGGCAAUGAUGCGCAGGACCGCACAGUUUCCUCCUGCUUUCUCAUAAACACUCAGCUUUCUGUGGAGGGAGCAGAUGGCUAAGCCCAGCUCGCCACCUGCAGGCCGCUGCCGGCACACCGCGAGGCAUCACUACGGGCUUUAUCUCCAGCCCUGGCAGCACUCUGCGACCAGGUUUCUACGCCAUCUUGCCCCAGCAUCUCAAACAGAGCUGGCUUGCUGACAAUAACUCAGUGCCCUGGCACCAGAAGCAAUGCAAUAAACAAAAUAAAAAAACGCAAAGAAUGUGCCAUAUCAUUAAGUAAUACUGACGUUUUUUGCGUUUCAAGAAUGUGCCAAAUACUGUAGUCUCGAUGACAUUUUAUGACUAUCCGGAAUGGUUUAUCUUUAUUUUUCUAAUGUGUUCUUUGUAUAUGAAUUGCGAAUGUUUUAUGGAUUUAUUCUGCCAGACUAAGUCUCAAGUCAACUAGAUGCUUGUGUGCAGUCCAGGGCGGCUUUUGAGGGUUAUUUGAAAUCCUCUUUAUUCCUGAUUUCCCAAAGCACAGUAAGAUUCGCUAAGCAUGAGUGUGGGUGGGUGGUGGGGGGGGGGGAGGUCAUGAGUGUGGUAUUUUCUAAACCAAUGUAUUCAUUUAGGAGUGUUCAAGAGGUCGAUGGCAGCUGUACACAAGUAUCUACGUGUUUGUUUAUGCUGAGGGACUUGGAAUUCUCUCCGAUUGUUCCAAAAGAAGAUACAAUACCAUGAUCAUACCAUAUCUUCUUUAUAAGAAGAGUACGCCAAUGCACCUUUUUUGUGUUACUAUUUUGAGAGUAGUUUGUUUCCAAUGGUUGAGCAUUUCAAGCUCCCUGCACCAGUACAAACACUACGCAAGUGGCACUCUGGAUAAAAAAGGGGGGGGGGGGAUGACGUCUGAGCGCUCCGGCGGGGAGUUACGAGCGAGAGGUUCCUCUUUUUUGUGUGUCUGUGCAGCUUGAUAUCAGCACGCAAUUGCAUUAGCUUAGAAAUGGGCCCGAGUGCAAAGUGGUCCUAUGAAUUUAAAAAGUUACAAAUGUGCAUAGAACCUGUACCGAUGCAUUGAUUUAUCUUUUUGAUAAAACUGCAGCUUAUUUUUGUGGAUGCUUUAGCACUUCUUACUUUGCCAGAGCAUAAUUGUGACGAGCAGCUCACAGGUUGUGUGAAACAGUUGUCUCAAUGUGCUUGUGCAAGUAGUUCUAUUUUGUACUAAUAAAACUAUUUUAUGAAAGCAA